UCGAGCGAGCGAGCGAGAGGGGAGGAGAAAGAGACUACUCGCACGCUUCAGCACACGUACGAUGCUCCGUUAGGCGCAUGCGCGCUGUCCGCCGAGCGGUUUCCAUCUCCAGCUCGGCUCCGCGUUGUUAAAGCGACCAAAUAAUCAGGAUGGGGUGUAGCGCGGACUAGCGGCCGCCUGGAGGGGGAAGGCGGGCCAGUCAGCCGGCCUGGAGAGUGGGGAGCCGGCCGGGUCUGGUGGGGGCCAGACCGGGGACUCGGGGCCCCGGCCGCCGUGGAAGCAACGGAGCCUCAGUCGUUCACCAGAGGUCGGUCGUACGUGUGCGUUUACGCGAUCCAUGGCCUCCGUGGAUCGUUCAGGAUAACUGUAAAUCCGCGAUAGGGAAGGAGUGAGUGAGACAGAGCUGAGACCGAGCCGAAAGAGGGAGAGAAAGGAAGGAGGAAGGAAAGGGAAGAGGGAGAGAGAGAAGGAGGCACACGCACGCACACAACAGUGGGAGGAAAGAGAGACCUUGGACUGAGAAGACAGAGAGGCUUAUCGAUCUCCGCGCUUCGCGGACACCCGUGGCUUCGUUGUUGACAGUGGCUACGAACAGUGAUCGCGUCGGAUUCGAAUCGGGCAACGGUACAACGAAUACCCUCCCGCACGGUGGAUCUCGCGUGGAAUGCGAGCGCGCGGACCGGUUGCCAUUGACACUUGGGAUUUCCUUUAUCGCGUUUCCUUCGCGUACCGGAGUGAAACGUCCCGUUCUCCCGUUUGAACGCCGCGGUAUAUCGUUCACCUGGACAGUGGAUAUACGCCAAGUUCCGAACCCAUUCGGCCGGAGACUGGAGAGUGCGUUUUGUUGGUUCUGGUGUUGGUUGAUGGUUCUGAGGAACGCGGCGCCGCCGGCCGUGGGAAUGGUGGCGUGAAACUGUACGGGGUGAAGUGUGACACGUUAGCGCGCGCCAACGUCCCUCAGGAUGCCGAAGAUCUUCCUGAUCAAGAACCGGCUGCACCAGCAGCAGCUCAGGCUGCUGGAGACCACCCAACACAUCGGAAAGAGCCCGCCGCCGUGCAGCGGCAAGGAGAGUCCGCUCAGCGCCGAACCCCUCAGCCUCAUCGUUAACAAACACCAAUAUCGGGAAAAAACAGAGGACGACCGAGCGACGACACCGGAAUCCUUGCGCAGCUCGAGUCCCGCGGUCUCGCCGCCGCCGCAAUGGCAAUCGUGCAGCACACCGGCGCCGCAGUCGAGCAACACACCACCGCGACGAUUCAUUUCCAGCAUCCUUGGGGGAGACGUUCCGUACGGGAGCAGGGGUCACGUGCUGACCAGGGCGGAGCGCAAGGAGUACAGCAGCCCGCCGAUCGCGCCGUCGUCUAGCGACGCGUCGCAGUUUCUCGCCAAGUCGGAGAAGCUGAUUCUGCCGAGACCGACUACCCCCCCGAAAACACCCAGGGUGGAACCGCCGACCAGGGUUUCGGUGAUACAGAGGGUUCCCCCUCAGAGCCAAUCGGCGUCCAGGAGAGAAGACAAAGUAGAGGUGCCGCAGACUCAGGAACCGGAACAGGAUCAGCCGAUCGAUUAUGCGGUGCCGAAGAGAAAGGAGGAGGACGAGGAGCGAGGUCGCGAGGGCGCGAAAGUCUCGCGCACGAUCGGCAACUCGAUCGCGAGGCCUCUGCUAGCCAUGCGACUGUCCGGGCCGCAGGUGGUGCACGCGGCGGCCGGCCACGGGAGGUCCUCCAGUUCCGGAAAUAACGGCGCUUCCGGGUCCGGCGGCGGUUCGGGCGGCUCCGGGAACUCGUCCUCUUCAAAUUCCGGCGGAAGCGGCGGCUACUGCGGCGGCGGCGGCGCUGUCACGGGCGGCAGCGGAGGCGGAGGCGCUGUGGGCGGCGGCGCCGGCGCCGGAGGCAUGAAUCCCGGCGGAAACGGCGGCCGCGGCAACUACGGGCCCAGCUCGCCACCCACCGGAUCCCUACCGCCCUUCUACGAGUCCCUGAAGGGCGGCAACAACCUAGCCAAUUUCGCCAAUCAGUACAACAGCACGCAAGGGAACGGCUACCUAACGCCCUCGCCGACGGUGGGCAUGGAGUGCGACACCGGGCAGCAGGACGUGAACUCGCAGCACUCGCAGUACAACGCGCAAGAAGGGAAGCAGUACUCGCUGCUGCAGAACGUGUGCGCUACCUACGGGCUGACGCUCAAAGAAGAGGAGGACCUAUCGCCGUACAAGAUCCAACCGAACGACUUGCUCUCGGGCCAGUACGGCGCGUACGACAUGACCGACACGGGGAUGAUGGUGGACAUGGUGACGGGCGCGGUGGUGGAUCCCCUGCAGUUCACCGCCACCCUGACGUUCAGCUCGCCGUCGGACCACACCGCGCUCCUCGAGAGCCUCAGCGACGCGGCGGACCUCUUUCUGCCGAGGCUACCAGCCGAGGACGGCGGCAACGAUCUCCUCGAGGAGUCGCUGCACUCCCCGGCCUCGGCCGGAAGCGGGAUCGGCCAGGACGGCAGCCAGAUGACCACGCCCGUCGAGCCGAGCGUCGAUCCGUUCCCGGAGCACAGCAUGGCGCUGACCCGAGGCUUCGACACCUCCAGGCACUACACGGCGGGCCCUCAGCAUUUCAACACCUCGAAGCUGGGCCUGAACUACGGGAACGAGUCGGGCUAUCAAACAGUCUCGAAAGAGCGCACCGAACUUGGUCUCCACAUCAACCAGAACCAUCAGCACCAGCCUGAGCCGCAGCUGCAGCAGCUACAGAUACAGGUGCAGCUGCAGCAGCAGCAACAGCAGCAACAGCAGCAGACCACCGGCACGUCGCCGCAUCAGCAGCAACACCAAGGCUUGCUUAGCCCUGGCUUGAGCUUCACCGGCAGCGGUCUGGAACUAGAUUCAGGUAGCAGCGUGGGCGGAAGCCUGCCGAGCCCCGGAGCGGCUAGCUGUUCGCUGGACGCGGCGUCGAGCAGCACGUCGCCCUCCUGCGCGCUGAUGGAGCACGCCGCCAGCCCCGCGGGGACGGUCUCCUCCGCGUCCGUCAACUCCGUGCAGCAGACAGGACCGGUCGGGGAACCACCGCUCACGCAACGGGUCGGUGUACUGCAGCAAAGGCUGGGACUGCCGGGCGACUGUCAGCUGGAGUUCGUCAACGGCGGCCACGGGAUCAAGAAUCCGCUGGCUAUCGAGGGUCAGAGACAGGCUGCGGCUAAUCGCGACGAGGAGAGGGCAGCCCGACCUCCGCCUGGCAAGGACGACGAUCCGAACCGCUUCACCUGCCGCGUGUGCAGCAAGAAUUUCAGCCUGCAGCGGCUCCUCAACCGGCACAUGAAGUGCCACAGCGACGUGAAGCGUUACCUGUGCACCUUCUGCGGCAAGGGCUUCAACGACACGUUCGACCUGAAGAGGCACACGAGGACGCACACGGGCGUCCGGCCGUACAAGUGCAACCUCUGCGAGAAGAGCUUCACGCAGAGAUGCUCCCUGGAGAGUCACUGCCUCAAGGUUCACGGAGUUCAGCACCAGUACGCGUACAAGGAGCGACGCACAAAGGUGUACGUGUGCGAGGAAUGCGGCCACACGACGCAGGAGCCGGAGGUCCACUACCUGCACCUGAAGGACAAGCACCCGUACAGCCCGGCGUUGCUAAAGUUCUACGACAAGCGACACUUCAAGUUCACCAACAGCAACUUCGCCAACAUGUUGCUCCAGGNNGGCCUGUUGCAACGGGACUCGCGGAACACGGACAGCUGCGUUAAGUCUGCCUCGAAGAGCCUCGAGCCGCCCCUCCAACGAGCCACGACGUUGUUGCAUUUGGGCCGAGCAUCCAGCUUCUGAUGAACAGACGCCGCCCGCGGGAGAACCGGGACGACCGAGAGGCACUCGAAGAGCUAUCGGACGGCUACGAGAAGAGGAGGACGGGAGGAAGCUGCCAAGGUGCUGGGACCUUGAUCUCGGCUACUCGCGGAACGCAGCCUGGCGUGAACGCGUCGCGCGAAAUGUACCUGCACGUGGCUACCCUCCGACGCAACGGUGACGCGCGUCAAACACGGCGCACCGUGGCCCAAGCGGAUUCCAGUCUUCGGAGAUUCGUGCGCGCGACAGCCACAAGACUCGAGACGCUCGUCUUCGGGCUGCUGGAUCCCAGGAACGCUCGCGACAGGGAACGCCUCGUGUACACGGUGUUUUCCUGGAUCUGUCGACCGGGAGCGACGAGUUCAGGGCAACGACGUUUCACCUCGCUGAUCGGCUGAAUAAAUUACGCUACGUUCAUUCAUGAAGAUUGCAGUGAAACGCGCGUUCGCCUCUUCCGUUAGCUUCUUCAAGCACUCGAACGACAACCUAUUUAAAUCGUACUCGGUCCACGCGUCGCGUCGCAAAAUUCCAUUGUCGUUUCCCAGCUGAAGAGGUCGCCCGGUUGGCAGGUUGACCGAGUGCACACGUUCCUUCUCGCGUUACUUUCUACCGAUUCUAGGUAUAUAUAUAAAUAUGUUGUAUUUUGUGUAUGUAUAGAUAUUUGUACGCGCGUAGAGAGUAUGUUAUUUAGACUACUAACGGAAAUUAUUCGGCAAGGGAAUCGCGCGACAUUCGGUGAUCGCGGAUGCGUCUGAGGUCGAUGCGCACUGUAGACUCCAACAUCCCAGCAGAACAGGUCUCAUCGCGAAGCAAUCUCUUCCGACCUCUUGGAAAAUUGAUCGUCGACGACGUAGCGUCCGACGGUCGCGCAUAGUAAAUCUAAUCAACGUGUUCCGCAGCAACGGGCAUCGCCGUCUACGAAGUCUACUUCCACAGAACCCAGACCUCCGUUCGCGUAGGACGUUACAGGUUCGAAGUACACUCGCAUCGAUGCCCGAGCACGGACCGACCCGAUGUCGCCCGCGGCCCUUGCGAAUCGCGCGUAGAUCUCCGGUUCAUUCUGCACGUUUACGCUGCUCGCGACGCUAAUUCGAGCAUCAGCGAUCCUCUUUGAACAAACACCAAAACGACGUAGGCGAACGCGUAAACGUAUCAGCGUUUCGAUCCUCGCCGACGUCCGAGUCCCAAAAGUCCAUAAAACAACCGAAAUCCCGUAAGUCCAUUUCUCGUAAAACCAUAAAAAGGGACCACGAUAAAACUUCACGGUAUCCGGAAACACCGUGCGACCAUCUCAUUCGCACGGUCCACCCCGUACGUUAGAGUGGUGAGUCGGGUCACCGCAGACCCGGGCGUCGGCAGGCGAGGGAAAACCUCGAGAAUGGAACCAGGAGCCCUACUCGCGAGCACCGCGCUACCGCCACCCGAAAACUCGGAUCGAACGUUUCAGGAAUGACGAAUCACGCGAUCUCGCGAGAGACGGAAAGCCGGCAAUUCUCUGAACGAUAUCUCCUUUGAAGCGACGCACGGCCAGUUACGUUGCUUUCCGACUUGGAGGGUGGGAGAACGUCGCUAGAGGGAACGUCCGACGUCGCCGUCAGACGUCGAUCGUUUCCGAAGUCCGUUGCCUCGAGACGCGACGAUCGCGUCCUCCGGGCAACCGCGUUCGCAUGUUUCUUUCUUUCCUUCCUACCCCACAACCCCCGUCGUUGUGUUCCUCGUUGACUGACGCGUUCGAGGGACACGCCGCGAACGUUCUUCUCGUUUUCUAUGUAUCUUUCUCUCUACCUCUGUCUCUGUCUUUCCCUGUCCCCUUUCUGUUUUGUAAUUAAUAGACGCCUAUCUUGUACGCACCUUGGGAGAUCUGUGAUAUGAUAAGACACGUCUUUUCUUUAUUUUUCGUUUCCCUUUUCUCUUGUAACUCGCUCCUCCGCGCACAAGAUUUCGCUUCUUUGCACACGUUGGUUCUUUCACGGGGGUUUGCGCACCGACACGGCGGAGUGAGAGAUUACACGACACACGUACAUACACACGUACACACGGGCGCACGUAACCGUACGGCGACUCACGGCCUCGAGAAUUGUUAGAGUUUUUUAUAGUUUGAUUGUCCGUUCGACGACACUUGACCGGAUCUUUGUUAAGAUUAAUAUUUUAAGUUUAGGCCUCCUCGAAUAGAAAGACGCCAACGAACAGUCCAGUCUGUUCGCGAUUUUAACGUUGAAUUUCAAAAUUCUUUGCGGUUUUCACACGACGGUGCCUUCCGCGGACAAAUUUGUGAGCCACUGUACUGCACGGUGAAUUUCUGCUCGAAGGCAGAGGCGAGAAACUUUGUUGGAAACUUUGUUCGGUUGCUCGGGCAAGAUGGAAAACUACCCAAAAAGAGACACGAAUAUUCACGCGGAAAGGGAACCGUGCAACGGACACACACGCGCACACAGAAACACAGACACAAUGGGGUUUCGUGCAAUUCUACGGUGGUAGGACAUAUUUUUAGUUGGGCGUGACACGUGGGGAAUCGGGUUUGCGACGCGAUCCUGUCGUUGAAGAAGACGAAGAAGAAGAAGCAGAAGAUGAAGGAUAAGAUGAAGAAGAAGGGUGUAAAGAUGUAAAAUAUAACAGAGAAAAAAAACAGAAAAAAAAUCAACAAAAACCGUUCGAGUCUCCGCGAGGAAGACUCCGCGACUUCGCGAGCGUACAAGCAAAAUUCCGGUUACGUAGUUAGCGACGCGACGAUGGAGCAAGUCGAAUUGCGAUCCGCGAAACGGGUAAUAAUUAGUGUACUUGUAGGGUCGGGUCGGGUGCUGAAUGUCGAGGCGCACGAUCGGAGAUAGCGCGAAUUGUUUCUUGUAAAUCGAGUCGACGCACCGUCGAAGAAGAAGAAUGGUCCCGGGCUGAUAGACGACGUUCGCGUUGAAGUCUGUAAAAGUGACUCGAGACUCGCAGAUCUCCGGAGAGACGCGGAACCGACAGCGUUGGGUAAAAUUCGUCGAGACGGGACCAUCGGAGAAAUGUAUAUUUAGAGCCGCGAUGCGAUACACUUUCCCGAAUUACGCUCAGCUCGCGAUACAUGUUGUAAAUAGUAGUUGUCGGCGUAGUUAGGUCUAGAGAGAGAAAGUUGUUUUAGGGUAUAAGAGUCGAAAAAUCCUUUGCGAGCUUCCGGCGGCAACGGGAGCGCAUGUUUGUCCAGCGAACGGAUCGCGCGAGACAUGUACAUAGUUUUAUAAUUAUUAGUCGGGUUGCACGAGAUAAAGAAAUGAAGUCUUGAUCUGCGAUUUUAUCAGUACCUUCUCUGUCGUUUCUUUGUAUCUUCUCUUCUUUCUUUUGUU